GGAGCUGUGUGGCGGAGGGGCGGGAGCAAGCGCGUGAGGGGACUGCGGGGAAACCCCGGCUGGCGGGGUCUGGGGGCGCGGGAGGACCCCGCUGAGAGCCGCGUACACGGGAGGGACUAACAGACGCCCGCCGCGCUCACGCCCUCCGCGGGCCCGAGAGAGGCGAGGAAGGCGAGGCGGGGCGGCUUGUCCGAGUCUUCGCGGGGACCGUGGCGAUUUGCUGAGCGGACGCGCCCCGGGGGCUGCUCCGGGAGAGGCGUCCUGAAGCUCGGAGGUCCCGGCCGCACUCGGGUCGGCCCGCCGCCCUCGGACCCGCCGCUCCCGGGAAGCCGGACUUGGAACACGAGGCCCAGGUAUCUUGGAACCCUCUGUGUAGGCUUGAAAGGAAACUUGUUCAAGCUGGACACAGUGACACCUGUGUGUAGUCCCAUUUACUUAGAGGCUAAGGCAGAAGCCCAGGGAUUGGAAUCUAGCCUGACAGCCUGGGUAACGUGGGCAGCAAGAACCAGCUGAUAACUGGUAUGUUGACAAAAUGGCAUCUAUGAACAAGGGCAGUGAAGUUGUUAAAAAACACAAAGUCAGCAGAAAGCAGCUCCUGGAAGAGAUGAAUGAAAAGCGUGAAUCCUACUGUCUCAUGGAAAGAAGCAACCACAUCAGCCUACUUCAAGUUCAAAAGAGGCAUUUCAAUCAGGCCUACGAGUCCCUGGUUCAUACCAAGGUCAAGGAGCGCAUGCCCGAAAGUGGUAGGACCUCCUGGGUCAAACUGAGCUUCCAUGUUUACAAAGAAAAAAGGCAUUUUCCACCAAAAAGUAAGAUGUGAUAGGUUCCUAACCCAGUCAGCCCAUAGGAGGGGUUUAUAAGGAAACAGCAGAAUUUCUGGGCUUGGAAGACGUUCCUAGGUAUUUUCCUGGGAUUUUUAAAAAGUAUUUAUUUUUAUUUUACAUGUAGAAGUGUUUAUGCCUCCAUGCAUGUAAGUGCACCUGUGUCAUGCAAUGCCUGU